AUGGGAGGAGACGGCGCGCACGCAGGCAACGCCGCGGGCGCCCACAAGCGCGCCGCUGGCUCGCCGUUGAAGGGCGGGAAGCGCGAAGCAGGACGAGACACGAAAAACGGUUCCUCUCCUGCGUCUUCACUGUCGUCCGGAUCUGGAAGCGCAUCAGCAAAAGUAAAAAAAUCCCUCACUCUUGAAAAGGGACAGAAGGCGGCCCUCGGGAGCGCCAAUGUACAUACACCUCGAGAGCCCGAGCGAAAUGGCGAGUCCACGCCCGGCUCUUCUUCCUCUCUCUCCUCUUCCCCUCCUCCCUCCUCCUCUUGCCCGCCGUCUGCUUCUGUCUCGUCCAAGUCAGACAUUCAUCAGCGCGUGAGUGCGCGUUUCUCGACGAUGCCUGGGCUGUCUCCGCUGUCUCGCGCCUUCCUCGAGUCCGCCGGUUUCACCUUCGCCACGCCAGUUCAGGAGGCGUGCCUCUCGCUGCUUCUCGCGGACAGUCAGCGGCCCGCGGCGUAUUCGCCGAAGCUCUCGCGCAAGGAUCUCGCCGUAGAAGCUCCGACGGGCUCCGGGAAAACGCUGGCUUUCGUGCUGCCGGUCAUUGAGCGCGUUCUCGACCAGCUGCAGCUCUUCAGCCUCGGCCGUCUCAGCUCUUCUGAGUUCGUCUGGGAGCGCGAGCGCGGGCGGCGCGCCGCCGCGGAGAAGCCGCUCGGCGAGGAGGACGCCAGCGCCGCGAAGAAGCGAAGAACUGACGCGCCUGAGGAGGUCAAGAAGAGGGGCUUCGAGAAGGACGAGGAGGCCGGGGCGUGUCAUGAGGCGAGGCGCGAAGGCCAGGAGGCCUCACCGAGUUUGGUGGGCGAUGCCGCCGCCUCGCCUUCGCCAGAGUUCGCCGCCUUCCUCGCCCGCGUGCUUGAGAGGAGGCCCCCCGCGCCUCUCUUCUCUGAGGCCUCCGGCGAAGCGAAGGCCUGCCGCAUCGCCGCCGUCCUCCUCGCGCCCACGCGCGAGCUCGCCCGACAGAUCUUCAACGUGGUGCAGAGUCUGGUGCGCUUCGUCGAAGCCACAGUUCUGCUGCGCUCUGACGCCCCGUGUGCGCUGUCUGCCACCGAGAAACGCAAGCAGAGGAAGCGCAAGCGACGCGCGGCGAAGACCUCUGAUGCGGCAGCGGAAGACGAUAACGAAGCGCAAGACGACGAGGCGACCGCGGAGAACGCGGAGGCCGCGUAUCCCGACGGCGCCGCGAACCAGGGCGAGGGAAGCGAGGCCAACGAGCAGCUCACGUCUGCGUUCGUCCUCCAAAGCAUGCUGCUCACGGGAGGCUCGCGGCCAGUCGAGGGCGACCUGCGGGCGCUGGAACUCCGCGCGAGCGCCCGCGCCCUCUUCAUUCUCGUCGCCACCCCGGGGCGCCUCGCGCGCCUGAUCGAGGCGGAGCGGAGUGAAGGCCGAAGACUGCAUUGGCGCUUUGAGGCGCUGGAUUUCGUCGUUGUCGACGAGGCGGACCGGCUGAUCGAUGAGCAGCACACAGACGAGUUGCGCGGGCUGCUGACCUACUUCCGCGAACAGAAGAAGAAGGAGCUCGAUCGCCGCCAGAAGCCGCAGGGCGAAGAGGACGGCAAGGCGCGAGACGCCCAGACCAGCGGCCUGCAGGUCGCAGUCUUCUCCGCGACGCUCACGGGCGCGAUGCAGGAACAAAGCAAAACGAAGGAUCUCUGGGGUGUUGUCCGCGAGCCCGUCUGCGUGCGCGUCUCCGCCGCGACCGCCGACGCGCGCGACGAGCCCAGCCGCGCCAGCGACAUUCAGCAUCACGUCCCCAAGACGCUGAGCAAUUUCUACGCGAUCUGCGACUACGAGGCAAAGCUGCCUUUCCUCGUCGACUUCAUCAAGACGCGAGUGAUUCCGCAUCAGGCGAGCUGCAUCGUCUUUCUUCUCACGUGUCAUUGCGUGGAGUACUUUAGCGGGCUUCUCCACGCGCUGCUUCUGGCGCCGUCGUCCUCCGCGCCGUCAUCCUCCGCGCCGCCGCCCUGCUCGUCGCUGCAGCUGAGCAAACUGCAUGGCCGGAUGAAGCAGCGCGCGCGCCUCGCGGCAUGCAAGCGCUUCGCGAGCUCCUGCGCGCCGGCGACUCCGGAGGCGCACGUUCUCCUCGCGACCGACGUCGCCGCGCGCGGCCUCGACUUUCCCAACGUAGACUGGAUUCUGCAACUCGAUCCGCCACAGAAUCCCGACGUGUUUGUUCACCGCGUCGGGCGAGCGGCUCGCGCAGGGCGCUCAGGCAACGCGCUUCUUCUCCUCCUUCCCCACGAGGAUGCGUACCUUCCUUUUCUCGCGAACCGAGGCAUUUCUGUCGCGCCGCUAGAUUCUUCGUCGCCGGAAAAGCCUGAAAACGCUGACGAAGAGACUGAGGAAAAAAAGCAGGAGCGAGAGAUCAACGAGGCCGCCAUGAACGAAGUCAUCCAUGAUCGCGCGCUCGUGUUGAAGGGCUCGAAGGCCUUCGUCUCGUUCGUUCGCGCGUACAAAGAGCAUCAACUCUCGUUUCUCCUGCCCUUCCAGCGGUUGGAUAUCGGGCGGCUGGCGACGGCCUUCCGGCUGCUGCGGCUUCCGCGCAUCAAGGAGAUCAUGGGUCGACAGAUCGCGCACUUUUCGCAGAGUCCUGUGGAUCCACUUAAGAUUCCUUUCCGCUUCGACUCGGCUCGGGAGGCUGAGCGCGUGGCUGGGCUCUCCGAGGCCCUGGAGCUGCGCGAGAAGAAGAAGGAGGAGCGCAACAGGAAACGCGAGAACGAAAAGAAAAAACAAAAGGAGAAAGACGAGCGACAGAUGCUUCGCGGUGCCCUUAAGCCUACUGCCCGCACCAAAGCAGAAAAACGCAAAGCGAAGAGACGGAACGCCUUGGACGAGUGGGAGGAGCUCGCGUUCGAAGAGCGGAUGGCGCGCAAGCUGCGAAAGGGCAAGAUCUCCGAGACGCAGUAUGAGAAGGAAUUGAAGAAACAUGGCGAGCAAUUCGCUGAGGAUCUUGACUCGGAUCUCGGCGCUGGCGACUCCGAUAACGAUCCCUCAGACGGCGAGGAAGACGGUAAGGCUCCGUCUCAGGGCUGCAGAGCUUCUGAUGAGUCCGAGGGCAGUGAGAGAGAAGCGGACUCUCUCUCCGCCGGCUCUAGUGAGGACUUGAGCGACGAUUCUGACUCAGACGAAGACAGCGCUGCGAACAAGAGACGCGAGGAGUACCCGGGCGCGAGAACGGAGAAAACGCGGAAGAAACAACCUAAGUGGAUCACGUCUCGCGGGAGGAAAACGAAGAAGAAAAAGUGGAGCAAGCGACGCAAAUAG